GGAUGGCACGGACAUGAACAUGUGCCAUAUUUUCCAUUAACGGAAGCUUGAAGUUUGGCUAAUGUAGUAGAAAUUAUAUUGCUGUUGAUGUUAAACAUGUCUAGUAGUAGGUCGAGAAAACCACCCGCAUAUACUGUGAAAAAUACUAGACGAUAUAAAACAAUGACGAAUAGGCCUGCAAACAAAGUGAACGUAUUUCCUGCAAAGUCGAAUCUGGCCCAGCCGAACAUUCUGAAGAAAACUGUGUCGCUUCUUACGAUGGAGAAGGAUUUGAAUCUUGACGAAUACACUGAUGCUCGCAUGUUGUUUAAUGCUAUACGUAAAGGACAAAUUCGACUGGUGAAAUUCAUCCUGGUCGCGGCACCAAGAGAAGUAGUCAAUGCUUUGGAUCUGAAGGGCAAGACGCCAUUGAUGAUUUCAUGCUUUUUAAAGGAAGAGAUGUCUCGUGACAUGAUAGUUGAGCUUUUACUGCAACAUGGCGCCGAGGUUAAUACUGUAUCGGAAUCGGGAAGAACUGCUUUAAGCUACGCUUGUGAAUACCGCUGUAAUGACAUCGUGGAUAUCCUCGUGAAGCACGCCUCUGUCGAUCCAGAUAUUCCUGAUAAUGACGGAAAUACCCCGCUGAUUUACUGUGCCAAAGUAGGAAAUGACGUGGGGAUUGAUAUACUAACACGUCACUUCCGGCGUCUCGGUUUAGGCGUAGACCAUUCCAAUAAAAUGGGUUUUACUGCUAUUCUAAUGGCAGCAAAAGAAUGCAACAUAGCUUGUGUGAAAAUCCUUGCUAACCAAGGACAUGCAUCUCUCCUCCAUCGCGAUAAAACAAAGAAUUUCUCUGUUAAUGACUGGCUUGCUUAUCACGGAUACACAAAAAAUGAAAUCAUGCAGAUUUUGCCCUCUGUAAGAAAAGCCAGACGAAAAUUUAUAGAUGCAAUCAACAUUGCUAGGAUGCUGCCCAGCAUCAAGUGGAACAAAGAGAAGAAAACCUUGCUGGACCGACCACCCUCAAUGGUGUCCUCCAUUACAGUGCCGCUUACCGUCACCGAUUUUGAUAUUCCACCGAGAAAAAAGAAGCCUGUGACACGGCAUAGAUCUCUGGAUGGAACCAGUCGAGAGAGGUUCCUAAUCAAAAGACUGCACUCCUUACAGCUGCCAAAAAUUUACAGAGGAAUGUACGACUCGCCGUAUUACGAAAGCGAGGAAGACGAAGGUAAAAGAAGCCAUUAUCGGCCUCACUUUGAAAAAUGCCGCCAACGCACUUUCGAAGAAUAUUUAUCGUUAAAUUCAUCUUCCGACGAUGACUGAAUAAAGCAGGUCGAGUAUUCCUUGAAAAUAAACAAAUAGCACAACAGAAACAUCAUUGUGAUGUCCAUUCAAGUAUUUUAUGUGCACUUACAGAUGUAACAAUAACGAAAUCAAACGAACAAUCUCAAUUUUAGAAAAUAUUCAAGCACUUGAAUACAAUUUUCAACAUGCCAUGGUAUUCAGGAACAUUAUACUCGAAGUUGCACAACAGAUGCAUGGAUUUCCACCAAGACAAAAAAAUUGCGUUUGUCACGUUUAUAGACUCCACUAUUUCUUAGCCAUUGUCGUGUUCUCGUGAUCCUAAUGUUUAGUGU